AUUGUUGCUGUAUGCAUCUAUGUAAGAUGGAAAUGUUCAGGUUGAAGCGUAUUGUCCCAAGUGUGUAGCAGGGUAAUAGUUUAUGAAUUUUCCAAGCUUACACGGAGCAUGUAAACGCACCACAGCAGUGACUGUGUCGUACACACACACACACACACACACACAAACAAAUAUAAAAAGAAAAGGAACUAGUUUUCGAAACAAUACCACUUCCAGUCGAGCAACGCCGUCUUUGGCCGUUUUCACUAUUACAAGACCCAGUUUAAACAUAAUGCUAUAACCUCUGCACUACCGUAUUAAUAGAGAGGUGUUUUUAUUUCACGACUCUCAACGUUGUGGUGAGGUUAGCUUGCUAGCUUAUUGGUUUGAAUGCGGCUAAUGCUAACAGCAAUGCCCCUCGUGCGAACGUGUUUGCACACAAAAGGACAAACUCCGCUCACAUACUAGCCAUUGUUCCCAUACGAGGAGAAAGGUAAACGUCUGUCUUCAAAAAUACGUGAUGGGUCGUAAAAGGUGUUGACGUGCAUACGAGGGCGUGCUGUGAUUCGUUGGAGUUGAACGCUACUUUUCACUUGUUUUGCUAUCAGGUUAGUAAAUAUGGUCUGUCACCCAAAUACGAUAAACACGUCUUAACCUUAUUUCGGCGAGGUUCACUUAACUACCUUAUCACCGCAAAGGACCUUAAAUGUUUUAAUUUGAUGGUCUUACUCUUAAACAACCUGUACUGCAUACUACGAAGAGAGAGGACUAUCCCUCUCUGUUUUCUUAGUUUAUUAAACAUGCAAUUGCUGCCAUAUAAUCUAUGUUGCUAUUUGAUUUGCCUUGACCGAUGCCUCAAGGAUCUCCAACAACACAAACGUGAUUGCUGAAGCCGUGUGGCUGCUUCACAAGCAAUGAAAAAUAGCGUACAUCGUUUCACUUUUGACAAAUCAGCAACCCAAUGAAAUUUGACCCAUUUUGGGUCACCAUCCACAGUUUGGAAAUCUACACUAGAGCAAUAUAGUUGCAUCCUUAUUUUAACAUUCACACCGUUAGAGGAGGUAACUAUUUACAAUGGUACAAUUUGAGAGGUAACUUUGCUGCAUUAUGAUAUUAACUCUAUUAUUCGAUUUAAUUAUCAGCCGGGCUGAUUAUCGAUACCGAUAUUCAUCAUUUUGACGCAUUAGCUUUUUUUUCUGUCUCUUAUUUUUUAAUAUGACGGCUGAUAGAUUUUUUUUUAGAACUAAACUUAAGGGAACUAUUUAUUAACAUUUUCAGUUAACGUUACACGAGAUCCAGUUGACCCUGGGAAUUCCCUGCACUUUUUGUUUUUGUUUGAAUGUAAAACCAAUUUGUAUUUGUGAACGAUUAACAUUUCAGUUAUAUUGAAAUUUUGGAACACAAUUUACUGUUGAUUGAAAACUUGAAAGGGGGAUAUUUGUUUUCAUUUAACUUUAUAAAACAUGCUGCUGAGCCUGGGAGCUCCUUGCGCUUAAAAUUUUAAAACAAAGUGUCUAAGAAAGAAAACUAACAUGCUGACAAUCUGAAAAGCUGUUUAAUAUGCUAAAAGGCAUUUAAACGAAGUUAAAGGUGGAGUUUGCAGUUUUGUUGCCGUUUUCAUGCAUGUUAAAACUGCAUGUCCCGACAAUAGAAUAUUGAUAAAAAUAUCUUUUGAAAAAUCAUCCCUCUCUGGCCCAGUUAUGCCUAAUUUAGUUUUAUUAUUUUAAAACGUGUCCCGCCGUGACAGGAACAGGCUAUCAGAGACUGUAGAGUCAGAAGGUGUGGCCACAUAGUGUCAAUCAUUUUCAAAAGUUAGCAAAGUUGGUCAGCUCUCGAAAACGUUUGUACGAUGCACUUCUCGUGCAGGUUCACGUUGGUGAGGGGCGUGGCUUUUGUUAGAGAUGCGUGUGGGGGAGUGAAGUGUGGCUACAUUCAAUUCUUGCUGGCAGCUUGAAAACUGUAAACUUUUUAAGUGUUGGACUUUGUAUGACUCAAAAUUUUAACGCCAAUAUUUUUCCUAUUACUGCAAAUGAGUAUCGACUCCAAAUAUCAGUUAUCAGCCUACUUGACUACUACUAAUUGGUAUCAGCCCUGAAAAAAUACAUCUGUCAAUCUCUACCUCAUUAUAUCCCCCAUGAAAAAAUGAAUUCAAGAGUGUAUAGUUGUUAUACUGUAUUUCUAAGUAACAGGCCCAUCGGUUUUUGCGGUUCUGGACAUACCAUAGAAUGAAUCAGUAUUCUAAUGUUUUGAAACAUUCCUCUAAUUUAAUGUUAAGUGUGUGUGGUCUUUUGCAAGGCCCAAGCCAUGGAGGAAGACAGUUCAUCUGUGACAGAUCACUCCUCAGACGAAAGAGACAUAGCUUUCGACAUUGAAUAUGUCAUAGAAUCGGAUACCUCCCCUGAACAUGAGGACGACAAAAAGCCCAAGAAAAAGCAAUGCAAGAGCCACCCUUGCACCGUUUGCAACAAAAUAUUUGACAGGCUUUCCAAACUUAACAGGCACCAAUCUGUACACAUAAGGCCAAAAACCUUAAAGACUCGCUAUACCUGUCUGCAUUGUGAGAAGACUUUCACAGAAGAAGAGAAACUGGUACGACACCAGGAUACCCACAACCGGAAAAAGGAGCACCCGUGUCCCGACUGCAAUAAAGUGUUCAACAAGCCUUCCAGGCUAGCGCGGCAUCAACGCAUCCACGCCAGGAAACCAAAGGUGCCCCACCAGUGUUCCUUCUGCUCCAAGACAUUUGAUAAACUUUACAGGCGUAUCCGUCACGAGCGAAUGCAUACGGGCGAGAGGCCUUUCACCUGUUCCUUCUGCAAGAAGGGAUUCUCCGAGAUGGGUCACUGCAAAGCUCACGAAAAGACGCACCAGGACAAUCCGGAGAAGCCCCACCGUUGCCCCGACUGCGACAUGUCCUUCUUCAAGGCCUCGGAACUCGGUCGACACCAGCGCUCGCACACCGGGGAGAAACCUUUUCAGUGCAGCGAAUGCGGCAUCACCUUGGCCCGUUCCGAGAGUCUGAAGAGACACAUGAGGAGCCACACGGGCGAGCGGCCGUACGUCUGCAUCACUUGCAGCAAGGGAUUUUACUCCCGUCGGGAUUUAAACAUUCACCUUGUGAUCCACUCUGGAGAGAAGCCCCACCUUUGCACUGUGUGCGGCAAAGGGUUUGCGCAGCUGGGUAACAUGAAGGAGCACAAAAAGAACGUCCACGUAAGGUCCGGCAAGUACGUUUGCAACAAAUGCGGGGCCACAUUCACCAGGUACAAGUCUCUGAACAUGCACCAACGGGUGCACACCGGGGAGAGGCCUUAUCUCUGCCUGCCGUGCGGUCGCAGCUUUUCCUGGAGUCACUGCCUGUGCAGACACCGCAGGACUCAGGCUCACAAGCAGAUGUUGAGCAACGCGGCCAAAAGCCUAGAAGAUUUUCAAGAGCUCGUUGAGGAUCCGUGCAGUUGAAAACUGAUCUGGCACUGGCCUCGUAAAACUGGUGCCAGACAAGCACUAACUUUUUGGCUGUACGAGACCCCUUUGUUUCCCUUCAGUUGUCGUAAGUUGUAAUAAAGAUAAUUUGGACAACUUUAUGUGGGACAGUUUGGGAAAGGCCUUUUCUUUUCCAGCAUGACAGUGCCACCAUGCGGGAACAUUGUCCUUAAACUGUUCGACUAUUUUCUCACACACUUGUUCACACAGAGGUGAACCUCGCCCCUUCUAUGCUUGUGAAUGGCUGAGCAAUUCAGGGAAGCUUGUUUUAUACCCAAUCAUGGCACCCACAUGUUCCCAAUUAGCCUGUUCACCUGUGGGAUGUUCCAAACGGGUGUUUGAUGAGCAUUCCUAACUUUCUCAGUCUUUUUUGCCACCUGUCCCAGCUUUUUUGGAACGUGUCGCAGCCAUAAAAUUCUAAGUUAAUGAUUAUUUGCUCAAAACAAUAAAGUUUAUCAGUUUGAACAUUAAAUAUCUUGUCUUUGUAGUGUAUUCAAUGAAAUAUAUUGAACAUGAUUUGCAAAUCAUUGUAUUGUGUUUUUAUUUAUGUUUAACACAAUGUCCAAACUUCAUUGGA